AUAUUUGUCAAAGGUUUGAUUGUUAAACAUCGUUGAGUUCGUCAUAAAAUUUUCAAUCAACACACAUUCACAGUGAACAAUUUUUCAGUUUUUUACAUUUUGGCAAAAAUUGGUAACAAAAUCAAGUUUUCAAAAAAUCGAUUUUCAGAAAUCAAUUUUUGCAUCAAUAUAAAACCAAUGCAUUCGUAGGAUAGCCGCUAGCGUCGCUUUCCUUUAAGACGAGGCCCCUUAAAAUCAAAAUUGUUGAAAGUACCGCGCUCCGUUCGAUCGCGACAAUCUAGACCAGUCCAGUGUUUCCCAGUGGUGUCCUAUUCCAUCAUUUUUGUCCCCCAAGCCACGGAAUCACAACGAAAGCGGCUGAUCUGGUGACAAGAUGUCCUUCGAGGAUCCCAGUUCGGUGGCCGUGGCGUUGCGCGUGCGCCCGUUGGUGCAAUCGGAGUUGGAUCGCGGCUGCCGGAUCGCGGUGGAGCGGUCGACGGAUGGAGCACCUCAGGUCACGGUGAACCGGACUGAGUCGUACACAUACAAUCAUGUCUUCGACAGCGGAGACUCCCAGAAGGAUAUCUUCGAAUCCUGCGUUCAGGCCAAACUGAAGAAGUUUCUGAGCGGCUAUAACGUGACGAUCCUAGCCUAUGGCCAAACGGGCUCCGGAAAAACGUAUACCAUGGGCACUGCCUUCAACGGAGUGCUGGACGAUGAUGUAGGCGUCAUACCACGCGCCGUUCACAACAUAUUCCUUGCCAUCGAGGAAAUGCGGGAGCAAUACCGCUUUGCGGUCACCUGCUCCUUUGUGGAGCUCUACCAGGAACAGUUCUAUGACCUCUUUUCGACGCAAAAGCGCGAAAAGGCCACCGUGGACAUCAGAGAGGUCAAGAACCGGGUGGUCAUGCCGGGCCUCACCGAACUGGAGGUCAAGUCCGCCCAGGAGGUGACCGAACACCUGAUGCGCGGCUCCGCCGGACGGGCUGUGGCCGCCACAGCCAUGAAUGAGACAUCCUCGCGAUCGCACGCCAUCUUCACAUUGACCCUGGAGGCCACCAAGCUGGAUGGCAAACAAUCGGUCACCACAUCCCGGUUCAACCUGGUGGAUCUGGCUGGCUCGGAACGCUGCUCCAAGACCCUGGCCAGUGGCGAUCGCUUCAAGGAGGGCGUCAAUAUCAACAAAGGCCUGCUGGCCUUGGGCAAUGUGAUCAAUGCCUUGGGCUCUAACCAGGCCGCUGGCUACAUACCCUAUCGCCAGUCCAAGCUGACGCGCCUGCUGCAGGACUCCCUUGGCGGAAACUCCAUCACCCUGAUGAUCGCCUGCGUCAGUCCGGCGGACUACAAUGUGGCCGAGACGCUGAGCACCCUGCGCUACGCGGAUCGGGCCCUGCAAAUCAAGAACAAGCCAGUGGUCAAUGUGGAUCCGCAUGCGGCAGAGGUCAAUAGGCUGAAGGACAUCAUUCAGAAGCUGCGUGUGGAACUUUUGGGGGGCGGCAAGAUGACCAGCUCCAUAUCCAGUGCAGUUGGAGACGCCGGCCUGGGGCCACUUCCCACCGAUGAGUCGUUUACUGGCUCCAUGGCCAGUGCUGCGGAGAAUAAACGCCUCAGGGAGCAAGUGCGCAGCCAGAAGGAUCAGAUUAAGAAACUGCAGCAGGAGCUCCACCACACAUUGGUCGAUCUCACCGAGAAGGAGAUGCGUGCCCACAUCGUCGAGCAGGCUCACGAUAAAAUCCGCAGCCAAGUGCUGCAGCUGAAGGGCAAACUGGAUCCGCAGCAGGACGCAGUCGGAGAUGCGGAUGGCCAGCAUCAACUGCGGGAGAUCAGCCAACUGAUAGAGCUGGUGGACAACGAGUUCCAGCGCACCCAGGCAGAACUGGAGUCCCAGGGCCAGGAGACAAUCCACCAGCAGCAGCUCACUGCCGACAGUGGCCACUCGCAUUCCGAAAGGGACGAGAACGGCGGCCCCACCAGUGGCGGCGAUGAAGUCAACGAAAUGCUGCAAUCCCACUCAGAGGAGUUCACUAACAAGCAGCUGAACUUCGCUGGCGAACUGCGCAGCAUCAACCGCCAGCUGAAUAUCAAACAGGAGCUGCACGAGCGCAUCACUCGCAACUACAGCCAGCUGGAGGACGGGAACGAGGAUGCCAAGCUGCGUGAGUGCAACCAGAAGAUCGAUGACCUGGAGGCAGAGCGGCGUAACCUCAUGGACCAACUGCGCAACAUGAAGAGCAAGGAGACCUCGGCAAAAAUUGCCGAGGAGCGACGCAAGCGUUUGCAGCAGUUGGAGCAAGAGAUCUCCGAUUUGCGCCGCAAGCUGCUCACCCAGGCCAACAUGCUCAAGAUGCGGGAAAAGGAGCGCGAGAAGAUCCAGAAUCUGAGCGGCGAGAUCCGGGCCAUGAAGGAGUCUAAGGUGAAACUGAUACGGGCAAUGCGUGGCGAGUCCGAGAAGUUCCGCCAAUGGAAGAUGCUGCGCGAAAAGGAGCUCACCCAGCUGAAGAGUAAGGACCGCAAGAUGCAGUCGGAGAUUGUGCGCCAGCAGACGCUGCACACCAAGCAGCGGCAGGUAUUGAAGCGCAAGUGCGAUGAGGCCUUGGCGGCCAACAAGCGCCUGAAGGAGGCCCUCGAACGGCAGGCCUCGGCGCAGGCCCAGCGGCACAAGUACGCCAAGGAUCAUGGAGGCUCUGGCUCUGGCUCCACCGCUGCCCACUCGAUGAAGACCGACAGCUGGGUGGACCGCGAGGUGGAGAUCAUACUCUCACUGAUCGAUGCGGAGCACAGUUUGGAGCAACUGAUGGAGGACCGGGCGGUGAUCAACAAUCACUAUCAAAUGAUGCAGCAGGAGAGGCCCAACGAUCCGGCCGAGGCCCAGGCGCAGGCCCGCCUGCUGGCCAAUCUCGAGGAGGAGCUCGAGAUGCGCAACGCCCAAAUUGCCGAUCUGCAGCAGAAGGUCUGCCCCACCGAUCUGGAUAGUCGCAUUCGCUCCGUGGCCGAGGGAGUCCAAAGCAUUGGCGAGUCCCGGCUCGUUAACAAGCAGCUGCUCAAGACCUUGGUGCAGCAGCGACGCCAGCAGGUGCUUGGCCGCACCGCCUUGAAUGAGCAGCGUUCGCAGCUGCUGGAGGCCCAGGAGCAGCAGUUGGCUGCCAGCACACGUCUCCGUUUGGCCCAAGCCGAGCACGAGGAGCAAAUGCUGGCCCUACAGCGCGCCUACGAGGAGAAGGUGGCCGUUCUGAUUAGGACGGCCAACCAGAGAUCAGCCGAAUGCCAGCCACCAGCGGCGGUGGAGCAGCAACGCCAGCAGAUCCUCGAAGAACUGCUUAGCAGCCGAGAGGCACUGCAGCAGGAGCUGGACACGCUUAAAGCCAAUACCAAGUCGAAGGCCAGGGUACCGAAAGUUGAACCCCAGGAUGCCGACGAAAGUGUAAUGCUGGUGGAGGACAACGAACUAAGCAUUCUCGACAGCGAUAGCGAUCCCGAGUGGAAGCCCCUAACGUCCAAAUACAAGACACGCCAGACGACCUCCAACCGCAAUCUGUCGCAGCAGCCCCAGGCGACGAUGCCCAGAGAUGACCAGGAUGCCAGUGCCACGUCGGCCGGCAAUGCAUCCACCCAAUCGCUGAACUCCACACAGGUCUCGGAGGAGGGCAAACGCGGCAGGGGCUGCAAGUGUCGCACCAGGUGCAACUCCAGGCGAUGCGGCUGUUUCGUGGGCAGCAUUGUAUGCGCCGAGGGCUGCGUCUGCAAGGGGCGCUGCCACAAUCCAAUCAAUCUCGGGCAACAGCCGCCGCCGGAAAACGCCAAGGGUGACGAUAGCCACUCAUUAAUGGCUAUGGAAAUCAAGGAGAACGACGAGGAGGACGUUGUGAUGGCCGACAAUGCUGAGGAUGAGCCCGACAAUGCUGAGGAUGAGCCCGACAAUGCUGAGGAUGAGCCCGACAUUGCUGAGGGUGAGCCCGACGAGAAGGCGGCCAAGGAGAACGUGGUUGCGUUCUCCACGCCCGAUAUGCUCAGCCAGGCGGUGGACUCGCCACAGCAAUCGCUGCUCGAUCAGAAGAAUCAAUCCACGCCGCUCGCCAGUGGGAACGGCGGAGUGGUUGUGGGAGAGGAGGACUUUGAUGGGCCCAAGUUAACAAGAAUGUCGGGAUUAGCGUUUGCCACGCCCAGACGGAAGUUCUUUUGAUAUGGCAAGGAAGCGAAAUGCAAGCAUCACUCAUCUGGAUGUGGAUGGGCAGAACUGGGAAACGCAAGUGGACCGGCAGCAGGAUGGAAUCCCCAUAUAGCUAGAUUAGAGUCAUUUUUAUCAUAUGUUAUUGUUUAGCAAAUGCUCAUCUACCAGAGCUGCCAGAGUCCACCAUCCAACCAAGACUGUAUUUCUUGUACAUGUUUUAUAGUAAUUAACAAUAUAGCAGCAUCCAAUAAUCUGCACCACUUCAUUUUUGGGUGAUCUAAAUGGAUUUUCGACUGCAGCGCGCUGGUAACUUUGCAGAAUCCCAUCCAUUCAGUUAGAAAUCGUCGCAUAAUUUUUACCUAUUUAUUUAAGCCAAGCUGUUGGUCCUAUAUAUAAUUUUUUGUUUUGUAAGAAGUACGUUAGAAUUCUGCUCUUCUCAUUAAAAGGCAAGUCUAGUAACAUAACCUUCUAGUUUGUGUACUAUUUUAGAAGAAAAAGGACUAUACUUUGCAGCGUAUGCACCAUUACGAGAGAGAUGGGUAUAUUAGGUAUACAGAGAUCUACCAAAAUAUAUGUUUUGUAUGCAGUGGAACUAAUUCCUUGAGGAUAUAUAUUUUUUAAAGAAUAC